AUGAAUGUAUUUUUACUUCCUCUUGAGAUUAGCAAUGAUAUUGAAAGAGCAAUGUGCAAGUUUUGGUGGAAAACCUCACAAGAUGAUAAUAAAGGCAUACACUGGAUGGCUUGGGACAAACUUUGCUUUCAUAAAAGAGGAGGAGGCAUGGGGUUUCGUAAUCUCCGAGACUUCAAUCUAUCUCUUCUUGGCAAACAAGGGUGGCGUAUGCUUACUCGUCCUCAGUCCUUAGCCUCUCGUUUGUUCAAAGCAAGAUAUUUUCCUAAUGGUAAUUUUCUCAAUGCUCAAUUGGGUUCAAACCCGAGUUUUGUGUGGAGAAGUAUCUUGGAAUCUCAGUCGCUUUUGCAACAUGGGAUUAGAUGGUGUGUGGGUGAUGGGGAGCUAACUUGGGAUGAUGAAAUUCUAAGUGACCUUUUUGAGGAAAGAGACCGUGCUUUGAUCAAAGCUAUUCCACUUAACAUUACUCAAACUUUUGAUCAUUUAGUUUGGUCCAAAGAGAACUCUGGCACCUUCUCUGUUAAAAGUGCCUAUGCUCCCUUGCAAAAGUUGAAAGGUAAUUGGUUUGAUGAUGUUGGAGAUGUUUUUUGGCGUAAGAUGUGGCAGCUGAAGCUUCCUUCGAAGAUGCAAAAUCUGGUCUGGCGAGCUUGUAAUAACUGCUUGCCAACGGUGGUUCAACUGCGUACUAAGCGUGUCGAGGCUGUUUGGGGAGCCAGGAACAACCUGGUGUGGAACAAGAAACCAUUUAUCUUUGAAGACGUUGUUGCGUAUGCGUUUCGCUAUCUUGAUCAAUGGAAAGCUGCUCAAAUAUCUUCGGAUUCAUCGUGGCCGAUCCUAACGGCUGCUGAUGUUGGUGAGCAGUGGACACCUCCUGAUGGUAUUAGUGUCAAGAUAAACGUCGACGCGACAAUCUUUGAUGAUGGAAGGAGAUUCGGUUUGGGUAUGGUGGCUAGAAGUUCUGAUGGUUUGUUGAUUGAAGGAAGGAUGAAGUACACUACGGUCCAAGUGGAGGUGGCUGUUGCAGAAGCAAUAGGCAUUCGGGAGGUAUUGAGUUGGUUGAAGGAGAAUCGAUGGCCUCAAGUUUACAUUGAAAUCGAUUCCCUGUGUGUGGUGCAAGCUAUUCAUAGUUCCAUCGAUAUGAUAUCCUUGUUUGGUAGCGUCAUUCAAGAUUGUAAAACUAUGCUUGCCUCUCUUAAUAAUGUUGUUGUGUCUUUUGUUAAGCGAUCAGCUAAUGUAGUGGCUCAUAAGUUUGCUAGAGCUGCUAGAUUAUAUCCUGAUUGUACUUGCAGUUUGGAGACUGUUCCAACUGAGUUGCUAUCUUGUUUGGUAGCGGAUGUAAGGGUUUAA